UAAGGCAGGUAGCUGACCGGUCCACACACAGAGUGCCUGAGAGAGACACGCACAGAGAGAGGAGGAUAGAGGGCUUCACGGCUACACCGCAGCAGCAGACGGGUACAGGAGGAGUGCGCCGAAGGGCACGAGUCGAGAAGACACUUUCCGCGGUCAGCGCUGACCACAUCAUAUCAUAUCAACCAUGUCUGAGAAGAGAAGUCGGAGGCGGGAGGGCGGCGAGGGCGGCGGCAGCGGCCGCCCCAAGAAGCCCAAGAGGCCUGAGGUGAAGGUGAUGGACGAAUCCGGCCAGACCAACGAAGAGCGCAGGGAGCUAAGGCUUAAGCAGAGGACCCUCAAGAACAAGAUCAUCGAGCAGCAGGCGGACAUCGGGGAUCUUAACAAGGACGCCUGCCGGGAACUCACCGAAGAGAACGGGAAGCAAUUCCAACAAACAAAGUUCCCUCGAGAGGCCGCGAACGACGCGGAGAACUUGAAGCUUAUCGCAGGAUCGUCCACGGGGCAAGCCAGCCAACUCGGCAAUAGCUCAGUCGGCAUCGACGGAGACGCGUUCCUUGACAGCAUCAAGAAGCACUUUGGCAGGACGAAAGGAGACGACGAACAGGGAGUGCAAACGUUCAACUGGGCAAAGUGGGGGAGCAACGUCUCGAUGGUGUUCCUCGCCGCCCCCGAGGGGGGCGGGUUCAUGAUGGGUCCCCUGGACAAGCCGGCGAAGGAGAGGAAGGCUGCCCAAAGGAGGGAGAAGCACAUCGACGACGCCGAGGAGAUUACUCCGAUGAUGGAGAUGAAGGGCAGCAAGAAGGCCAAGCAGAACAAGGACCAGACACAGAUGCGCAUCGCCAAGAUGAGGGUGAGGAAAGAAAGAACAAAACGUCUUCCAUCAAAUAGGACCAGUGAGCAAGUUGAGGUUGAGAAAUGAGGAAAAAAAUUGGCCCAGUUGCUCAGACUUUGGUAAAAAGUUUGUGUUGUUUUGAGCUAUUUCAUGCAUAGCGUGAUAGAUCCCCCCUUUUUUUUUCACAAGCAAUGAUGGCAGCGGUUGAGAGGUGAACGAA